GAGGGCGUGGCUUAUGCCACAGCGUGUUUUCAGUCUUGCUUAUUCUUAUCUCUAAGAAUAAACUAUGCGCCCUUAUGAGCUGGAAGAGCCAUGCGUUACAUUGCUGUCAUCUUCUACUGUCUGUGUGACUGGGGAAGCUUCGCUGAGAUCCCUUCAAUGAGUCACGUUGAGCGGUAUGAUGUGGUGAGACCUCAGCGACUCAGUGAGAACCACAAGAGUGUCAAUAAACAGGCUUUGGAAUCAAACAAACAUGAAAAGUAUCCUGAGAAACUUCUAUAUCAGCUGUUCUUUAAUGGAAAAAAUCAUACAGUUCACUUGCAAAAGAACAGUCUUCUCAUUGGACAUAAUUACACUGAAAUACGUUAUGAAGCAGAUGGAUCAACUGUGAUCACAUCUCCAAAGCUUCAGGACCACUGUUAUUAUCAUGGCCAUAUUGAUGGAAUGGAGGAUUCAUCAGUGAGUGUUGGAGUCUGCUCUGGCAUGAGAGGUUUUGUGAGGGCUGAAAAGGAGAUGUACCUGAUCGAGCCCCUGAGUGACAGCGCUGAAGGAGACCACGCCUUCUAUAAGCAGGAAUACCUGAGGAAGAAGAGGAGUGCUUCUGGAGACUCCAGUACCACAGUUUUUGACAAGGAACCCAGAACGUCAGCCCUCGUCAAACGUAGCAGCUGGAAGACAAAGACUGUAUUUCACACUCAGAGAUACGUGGAGCUGUUUCUUGUGGUUGACAAUACAGAAUACAGACAUUUCAACUCAAAUGAUGAGCUGGUACGGGCAAGGAUGUUGGAAGCGAUAAAUCAUGUUGAUAAGUUCUAUCGUCCACACAAUAUCCGUGUGCUGCUGGUGGGUUUGGAGGUGUGGAAUGUGAAAGACCAGUUCCUGGUCAGUGUGAGUGAUAAUGACACUCUCACCAGAUUUAUUCAGUGGCGCCAGAAGGAACUGCUCAAAAGAGUCAAGCACGACAAUGCACAGUUUGUAACUGGUGCUGAUUUUUUGGGUGACACUGUUGGGUUGGCAAACAAAUUUGCAAUGUGCACUAAAGCCUCUGGAGGUGUUAAUCAGGAUCAUAGCAUGAGUCCACUGGGCUUGGCUGCAACUAUCGCACAUGAGAUGGGCCACAACAUGGGUAUGUCCCAUGACGUACGGGGCUGCACUUGUGGCCGUUCUGACUGCAUCAUGACUGAAGUUGUAAACUCAGCUGCCUCAGUCUUCCCAGAGCUGUUCAGUGAUUGCAGUCUGGAUCAGCUGAGUAUAUUUCUGGAAAAUGCCAACCCCAGCUGCCUGCUGGACCGCCCCAGCUCAGACAGAAUUUAUGGUGGACCCGUCUGCGGCAAUGCUUUCCUCGACCCUGGGGAGGAGUGUGACUGUGGGACAGUAGAAGAGUGUAACAACCCAUGCUGCAAUGCCAAAACUUGCAAAUUUACUGAAGGAUCUCGGUGUGCGCAGGGAGAGUGCUGCGAAAACUGUCAGAUAAAACCAGCUGGCAGUCUGUGUAGGGCCUCUGCGAACGAGUGCGAUCUGGAUGAGUACUGCACAGGAAUGUCUGAAAAGUGUCCAGAAGACAGCUUUAGAAUGAAUGGGAUACCUUGCAGUUAUGGAGACAGUUACUGCUACGAUGGUCAAUGUCCAACUCAUCUGCAGCACUGCCAGAGACUGUGGGGAAAAGAUGCCAAAAUGGCUGCACGUGUGUGCUUUUUAAGGAAUACAUUAGGGAGACAUGAUGCCCACUGUGGAAGGAGCAAAGACGGCUACAGAAGCUGUGCAGAUGAAGAUAUGUACUGUGGAAGUAUAUUUUGCACUGGGGGUAAUACAUAUCCCAUUACCGGUCUAAAAGCUCAGUUGUUGACACCGUCUGGAGACUUAUGCAACAUAGUCGGGGAGAGAUCUGAGGAAGAGAACCUAAGCAUGGUACCUACAGGAACCAAAUGUGGCCCGAACAAAGUCUGCUUUAACAACAUGUGCCAGGAUGUGAAAGUGUAUGGUGUGAGUGAAGACUGCUCACAGAAGUGUAGCGGACAUGGGGUUUGUGAUCACCGAAAACGGUGUCACUGUGAUCCUGGAUGGGCUCCACCACACUGCGAUGUCAAAUAUGCAGACCUGCCUUCUGCAAACAAUACGACAAUCAUCAGCAUCUCAGUUGCAGCUGGAAUCCUACUACUGCUGGCAGCAGGAUUUGGAAGUUGGAUUUAUUGUAAAAAGAGAAAGGGCACCAGCUCGAGGCAUAAAACAAAAGCUGACCCAGAGCAGUCGAAUCCUCUUUUUGAGAACCCCAGAGCAAAACGAGUGCUUUUAAAGGAUCAUCUCGAGAUCAGCAAGCCUACUUUUAUAAGUUCGACUGUGACCCGGCAUGGCGCCUCACACACGGUCAUGCCGACACGGACAGCUCCGCAACCUCCUCUUAAAAAGUCAGACCCACAGCCACCUCAGACAGCUCCAUCCAUUUCAUUACCCAUACAGAUGAAGCCUCUGCCUCCUUCUAAGCCUCCACGUCCUUAUGAUGCGAAACAGGCUGAAAGAGUGGAAAUGAAAAUUGCACAGAGGCCUCCAACCAUUCCAAGGAGAUGACUAUGAGAGGAAUCAUCAUGUAAAUCAAUAAUGGAUUUUCAGUCUGUUGGGUGUAUGUGUGACUAAUAACACAUCUGCGGAGUUGUGACACAUCAGAACUGCGUCUCUGUGCAGUCGUGUCAUUUUGUGCUUGUCCUCCAAUGCAGAGAAGAACAGUAUACUGAAGUUAUGCUUGACAUAAGUUUGUUAUACUCAACCAAACUUGAAUUUUUAUGUAUAUUCCAUAUACACUUGAUGAAAUUAUUAAGUGUUAUUAUUACAAAUAAAAUUCCAUCCUCCAUAUUGUAAUGGAAUUACAGUCUUUACAGCCUCGCUACCACUUUAAAGACCAAACCUGUACUUCUGUUUUUAAGCAUUAAGUAUUCAGACAUAGGAGUAUAAAAUGUAUUUAUGUAUUUAUAUACUGCACUGAAUGACUUUGUGUUAUUUCACAUUUUUGUACCAUUCUAGUCAGAACAUUGGACAUCCUAGAUUGAAUGUAUGUUUGAAUGUAUGUACUGUGCAAAAGUCUUGUGCAAAGCAUGCAAAGAAAUGCUGUAGAGCAAUGAUGCCUUCAAAAAUAAUGAAAUUAAAUGUUUCUACAUUUAAAAAAAUACUAUGAAGAGCAGUAAAGUCAAUAUUUAGUGUGACAGCCUGUUGCUUUAUAAAUAAAAACAGUAGUCUCAGGUACAGUGUGUGCAGUUUUAUAAGGAAAUGAGCUGUAAGUUUUACUGAGCAUCUUGCAGAAGCAGCCACAGUUCUUCUGGAGACUUUGACUGUCGCACUUUUUUCUUAUUUUUGCAGCAAAACCCAGCAGCCUUCAUUAUGUUUUUUUGUCUGAAGUGGUCUCUUAAUAUUCUGCUUUCUAUACUGCCAUACAAACAUUGUUCUGUAACAUUUAAUUUUGUACUGGAAAACUAACGUUUGCAAAUUUAAAAUGUUCUUGUACUGAAUCAGUAAUGUAGAAGUCAUAAAAUACAAAUCAAUAACGUUUGUACUAAAAAAUAUAGGGUGCCUAAGAACUUUGCACAGUACUAUA